AUGAAACACGAGAAUCAAGUGUCAAGAUGUCACUUAGCUGGUCUUAUAAAGGAUAUAAUGCCACCGGAUCCCAGGAUUCACCUCAACGCUGUUGCUUCGCGAGAACUCACCCUGUCAAUUGGCUCUUUGGUUCUGCUUCGAUCGCCUAACGAAAUAAAAUCGCGUAGAAUCAACCAUGAGAGCUCUGUAUCUUCGCCAUCAGAUAGCAGCGACACGGUGGGUGUCGACAGCCCUAGUAACAAAUGCCCAUUUCGUGCUCGCAAAACCGAGAUAUUACUUAAAUGCUCCCUAUUCAAUAACAUGGAACAGGUAGCCGAUACGGUGACCAUAAAGCUGAAUCGAGGGGAUAUUACCGGGUUACGUGAAGUGGUAUCUGGUCCGAAUUCCCGGCGAGUAAAACACCGACGUACAUACAGCGGAGGUUCAAGCACUCGACCACUAACUGGUAUAAACUUUGUUCGCUGUAAGCUACGGUAUAGUGGCAGUACAGGUUGGUGUUUUAGGAUAAAACGAUGUUUGGACUGCUACGUGACGCCAUCAACCGUUGCGAACGAUUUGUCUGAGGAGUCGUGGUACACCGCCUUUUCCAAAGGGAUGCGGAAUUUUGGAUGGAUCAGGCAAUCAAACCUUCCUGAGUCAACAGAAGCUGCUGUUGAACGCUUAGCUCGUAGUUCAUGCCGCCACUGUCGUCUAACCACUACCCGCCAAGAACAUCGAAUAUCUGUUCCACUGGUCGUACAUGUAGAUAAUGUAUUGCGUUUCCCUGUAUGGAAUACAAUACGUGAUGGCUGCACUAAUCUUACCUUUAAAAGUGAAAUUUAUGUAGCUGGUAAAUUCUUUGCCAGCUCAGAACUGGAAAUCGCACCAAAAAGCUGCAACAUUGACUGUUUUGCUAACCUGUUUUUUGAACAAAGACUUCAUACAACGCCUCGUACGGAGACUUGUAACAUUAGAUCAUGUUGCUGUAGUGCACAAAAACGCGUUGUAUGUGCAUCGCAUAUAAUAAAGAUAUUAGAGGAAAUUAAACGCAUCAUAUCCUUCCUAUUUCGCUAUGGGAUUUCUAUUGACUUCUGUAUGUUAGGUAAAUACAGGUAUCUGCUCUACUUCUACUUCCAAACAUUGGCGUUUUCCGGAUAUCAUGACCUUGAAAGAUGCAUUGAUGCAUUUCCCAUUGCCAUAUUAACGGUGGGAAUUGUUGAAUUUGACGAAUUCAAGGGGCAAGUUAAAACCAAUCCACCAUUAUCAGGUCGGCUGCGGGGCCAUAAAGCUACGUGGUCCAAGGUGUCACCGCCUAUCACCGUUGCUAAUGAUCCAACUGUUGGAGAGAAAGCCUCAGACCUAAACAAAACUGCGCAUAUCAAACUGGAGUCACUUUUUCAACAAGCCGAAAUUCGUUACAGGAAAUACCGCCGUCGUAGGCCGGUGGCUAAUACGUAUAUUGGUGAGACGUGUGACGAAUCGUCAAUUGUUGGUAUUCAUCUUAACGUGUUCCCUGCGAUGAAUAUGCCUAUCUGCUCCAUGCCGACCACGCUAACUUUCCUAAUGGGCUCAGAAUUUUACCGUGACGAAUACUUAAUUUGCCCAAUGAUGAUGGAUACUUUGUGUAUUCACAGCAAUAUAUUCAUUGCUGGUAGUGGGAUUGUAUUCAUACCUGAGCCUGAUGAAGUAUCGUUUCUGAGAUCUCUGGUAUCCACGCCGCUCUACAGCGUAGGAGUCGAGCCUGAAAAGCUAGAUACUUUCAAAGUUACAACACCCUGGAAAACGAUUGGUUAUCGUCAAGUGAACGAAAUGAUAUGGCAAUAUUUGCCGCUUCUUGCUAAAACAGGCGAAACUUUAGGUACAUUCUUACGUUUUGUAGACUGGGGGGCCACAAAGGAGAGCGGUACUGCUAUACGUGCCAUGUAUAUGUGGAAGGAACCUGAACUUGCCACUUUGUUGGAAUUGAUGUCACGAGACUUCGCUCCAACGCGUGUACCUGAAGUGGUACAAAAGUACGCAUCAAAAAUUUUGAUUAGAAAAUAUGGAAUUCGCAAAUUGAUACCAUUCUUCCCGCAACUAGUCGUCGCUCCAGGGGUACGUCACCUGGUUGACGAUUUAAUAAAAAUGGCCUGCAAAGAACACAUCACCGCGUUACAGCUUUAUUGGGCAUUAGAUUGCUGGGGAAAGCGCCAGCCACAUUUAAAUGACGUACUAGGACGUUUGAUAGCUGCUAUUGAAAGGGGUGAUUCAGGAAGUGAUGUUUUGGGUGCUAUAAAAUCGCAGCGAGUGCUUCGGCAGCGCAUUCACUUCCUUAUGCAACAUUUAAAGUCAAGCCCUUACACCUAUGCAGAGAAACGGCUUAUGCUGGAUAAAGCCUUGAACAGUGGGAACAGUCUAGACGUAUUUUAUGGAUUGGGUCCCAGUGUAGACGAGCAACAACGCAUCACGUUCGACACGCCUAUCCCAUUAUUCACCAACCCAGCAUUGAACAUACGUGCUAUCGAUACAGAUAAAUGCAACGUAAUCAAAACUACCCAUUAUCCGCUGCUAUUAACAUUGUUCUUAGACGGUAGUGAAAACCAUAGACAGACAUAUUCAAAGGUGGAGCGUGUAUCGUCCAGCUCGGAUACCGGAUGCAGAGUCCCACAAGAAAGCACUAAGAGCUUCGUGAAAAGGGAACUUAUGUUUAAAGACGGGGAUGACCUUCGUCUGGAUCAAGUAUGCCAACAAAUCGCCAAGCUAUCCGACAUCAUACUGCGCAAUCACGGGAUCAAGUCAUACAUCAAGACCUAUGAAGUGCUAGCUACUAGCGCUAAGGACGGUUUUGUUGAUUUUUUAAUGGACACAAAGCCUCUGUCAGCCGUUCUUGCAGACCACGGAACGAUAGAGUCAUAUCUGUUUGGUAACGGGCCAUCCUUUUUUGAUGCCCUAUGGAAACGUUUGAACUUCAUUGGCAGUUUGGCCUCUUACAGUGCCAUCACUUACCUGUUGGGGGUGGGUGACCGUCACAACGACAAUUUGAUUGUGAGCAACACUGGUCACGUGGUCCAUGUUGACUACGGCUAUGUGCUGGGAUCUGACCCUAAGCCGCUUCCCGCACCACCGUUCAAACUGUCGCAAGAGCUUCUGGAUUUCUUGGGAGGGCACGAUUCAUUCUUCUACCGCCGAUUCAAAAAACGGUUCUAUGUUGUUUUCUCGAUACUACGGCGCCACGCAAAGCUUAUACUUAUUCUGCUGUACCUCUUGCUGGACUGCAAUCUACGAAAUGUUGACCUUCAAGCGGUGGUCAAUAUGGAAUCGAAGUUCCAUCUUAGCGAAAACAGUCUAUGUGUUUCUCGUAACCACGUGAAUUCGUUAAUCGAGUAUUCAGCCAAUGCGCUGUCUUCCGUGCUACACGAGAAGUGGCAUCAAUUUGCUAUGGCAUGGAAAUGA